CCAGCGAUUUCAAUUACCACCUCAACUAACCGAGAAGAUAAUCAUGUUACCCUUGCAGAAAAAGAAUUGGAAAGCAGUGUAAAGUUGUUACAAGAUGGAACAAUUCUUACUGAAAAUGAAAGCAAGGGGUUGGAAAAUCUACAAUUAUGAAUCUUCUUACUCACAGUAAGAUCACAGAAGAGAUUAAGGAAGAAUUGUUUGCUUUCAACUACGAUGAUACUUCUUUAGAAAGUGUUUUAAAAGCUGAAAAAAAACAUGUUAAAGUGUUUAAAAAUCUUGAUUCCUUAUCUGAAAUAGAAAAGAAUCUUAAUGUUACCAGUGGAAUAGACUUUUAUGUAACAAAUAAUAGAAUCAUGUUUUUAGACUGUCAACCCUUUGGCUCUUCAGUUGUUUUAGAAGAUUUAAUUCAAAAUGAAAACAAAAGACUAAACGUGAUUGGUGAUUUUUUACUUUUAGAAAACAGUGAAGAAAUACAAGGAUUACAAUUAUUAGCAUUUCUAUUAUCAGUUUGUCAUGUGGUUAUUCUUGUGCAGGAUUAUUUUUUUGAUAGUAAUGUAGUUAGAUUUUUCUUGUCUGCAGAAAUGUUGAAACCAACAAUUUCUAAUCCUGAAGACGAGUAUAUGGAACAUUUUCCACACUUGAUAUUACUUCAUAAUAGAGCACAGACAAGUGAUUUUUCUCCAGCAAAUUUUAAAAAAAUGCAACAUAUGUACAACCUAAUGUUUUCAAAAUCUAAAUGUCAUAUAAAUUCAAAACUAGGUCUUGGUUCAUGUCAUUUGAUAAAUUGCUUAUUCCCAGAAGAUUGUUCUGAACUGAUCAAUUUAAUCCUUAUUCCUGAAUAUAGUGAAGAAACAGAAGUUAUGUAUAAUGGCCAUUCUUCUCUUGAAAAUCUUAUUAAAAAAUUAAGAUCUAAUAUUUUAGGAUGUACUAAAUAUCCUUUGACCCAUGUUCAACUUACUGAGAAAAACUGGCUUAUAUACUGUACUAAAGUUUGGGACCAUAUAAAAAAGAGCAAUUUUUUUGUUGAGUAUGAUAAAUUGUUGCCAUAGUCUACUUAAGUAGUUCAUGUUUAUAUUAGAAUGUACUUAGUAUAAAUAUUUUUAUGUAAAAUAUGGAAGAAUUUCCGUUUUCAUAUAAAAAUUGA